UAGAAAAAGCAAUAGCGGGAGUCAUCGUCUGUUGUUGUGAUCUCCGAACACAAACUCAACUCAACUCAACUCAGCAUCAGAAUCUCUACUCUCUCUUCCUUCCCCAGUUCACCCUCCCUCCCAACACUCUCUUCUCUUCUCUUCUCUUCUUUCGAUCUCUCUCUCACUUUCUCUAACAUCUUCAACCAAGCAGAUGGCAACGCAGGAAGCAAGCCCUGCCACUGCUCCAAGUGCUCAAGUUGUUGGCCAUGCCUUUGUGGAGCAAUAUUAUCACAUUCUGCAUCAAUCCCCGAACUUGGUGCACAGAUUUUAUCAGGAAUCAAGUUUCUUAAGCAGAUCAGAUAGCAAUGGUGUGAUGACAACGGUGACAACUACGAAAGCAAUCAAUGAGAAUAUUAUUUCCCUGAAUUAUGAAGAUUAUACAGCAGAAAUUAAAACCGCAGAUGCUCAGGAGUCGUAUGAGAAAGGUGUGAUUGUUUUAGUAACUGGAUGCUUAACUGGGAAGGAUAAUGUGGGACGGAAGUUCUCGCAGACGUUCUUCCUUGCCCCACAAGAUAAAGGAUAUUAUGUCUUAAAUGACGUGUUCAGGUAUAUUGAGGAUAAUGACACACCACAAUUAAAUUCUGUCCCAGUAAAUAUCAUCAAUGAAAAUGUUGAGGCACACAUACCAGAAUCAGAGGAUAUACAUGCUCCAAAACAUCUUGUGGAAGAUCCUACAACUUCUACUGAGGAUGAAAACCUUAAUGAUGGUAAUGAAGUUCAUCAUCCUCAGGACAACGAGGAAGAAGGAUCCGUUAUUGAUGAAGAGGUUGCUGUAACCUCUGCUGAUAUAAGUCAGAAUGAUGUUGUUACUAUUCGUGAGUCGACUUCUACAGUCCAGGAUGAUGCACCAAAGAAAUUCUCAUAUGCAUCAAUUGUAAAAAGUAGCGCAGCACCUGGUCGUGUCUAUGUUCCCAGCCGAGCUGCAAGGUUGGCAUCUGCUAAAUCCAUUGAACAAUCACCUGCUACUUCCAAAUCUACGCCCGGGCCUGAGGCAUUAGCUCCUAGUAGUGACAGUGUACCUGGGAGUAGCGAUAUUCAUGAAGAAGCUGAAGGCCACUCCAUAUACAUACGGAACUUGCCAUUUAAUGCAACAGUUGAGCAACUUGAAGAGGUCUUUAAUAAAUUUGGUCCUAUUAAACAUGGUGGAGUCCAAGUUAGAAGCAGUAAGCAUGGAUUCUGUUUUGGCUUCAUUGAAUUUGAGGAUGCGAGCUCCAUGCAAAGUGCACUUGAGGCUACACCUAUUAUUGUUGGUGAGCGACAAGCUGUUGUUGAGGAGAAGAGAACAACUACAAGAGUCAGCGGUAGUGGAAGAGGGAGGUAUCCUUCAGGACGAGGCGGUUUCCGAAGCGAGAGCUUCAGGGGCGGCCGAGGGAAGUUUGGUGGUGGACGGGGAUAUGGCAGGAGUGAAUUUAGAAGCCAAGGGGAGUUCUCGGGGAGACCGAGGAGUUCUCAACGGCCAAGUCAGAAUGGAGGUGGGCGAGGUGGACGUGGUUUGGGAAACCGCGAUUCAACAGUGUGAACACAUUUGUUAAUGAAAGAAGAACAAGGAAACUGGUUGGUUGAUUAUUUUUCAUAAGCCAAACACCUCUUUCUAUUCCCCUUUGUUUUGGCACGUUCUGACCUUCACCAUUGCAAUAAUUCAAUGGAAGAUCAGUGAGUUCAUCAGCACUUGCAGAAGUGAGUGCAUGUGUUUUUUUUCCCACAUUACUGAAUACACUUGUUGUCUUCUUCCAUUUUAAGUUAUAUUGAGCGAGAGUGUACCUCCGAUUGAGUUGUUAACAUGAAUCUCCAUUGUGGAAGUUUGAUAUAUCAUAUAUGUAAAAUUGGAACCAAGUUAAUUCCUUUCAUCAGUUCAUCUUUCUCAUAAAGCUUAAUGACGUUUUGCCUGUA